CUUCUAGAGCAGGUAGAGAAGGAGCGGAAGAGACUCCAGGAGGAGCUAGAACUGCUCAGGGCUCAGGACGUUAGCCUUCAGGAGGACAUUUGCACUGCUGCUAAGGAGAACAGUCGUUUGGAGGAGGAGGACAGCGUCCUGAAGGAGAAGCUGUCUGAAGCCGAGAGCACCAUCUCUAAACUACAGAAGGAUCUAGAUCAUCUGCUGCAGGACAAGUAUGGUGGCCUCGAUCCAAAUGGUACAGGACUGCUGAAUCAAGAAGAGCACUUCUCAGAGAUCUUUAAGGAGUACGAGCAGCAAUGCAGGGAGCUGCAGGACAGGAAUGACGAGUUACACUCAGAGCUGGAGUUGUUGAAAACUCAGGGCUCAGGAAGGAGAGCCAGACGAUCCAGGAGCAGCCUGUCUGGUCAUGACUGGUCAAGCCGAAGAGCAUUAACCACCGAAUCAGAUUCUGAUGAUCCAGAAAUGAAGAAAGGUACAUCUCCUCAGGUCAGAAAAAAGCUCCAAGUCACUGACAAGAAUGUUUGGUGUAUCUCCUCAGUAUUGGGUUCCUUGGAGAGUUUGGCUCCCCCUGUGAGCAUCGAGACAGAACUGGCCAUGGAGCAGAUGAAAGAGAAAUACGAGCGUGAGGUCCAGGACUUGAAGAUCCAACUGGAGACUAAGGUGAAUUUCUAUGAGCGCAGUAUGGAUCUGAUGCGGCAGAAUAUGGAGGUUGAGCGGAAGGACAUCUCGCAGAGCUUUAAGAUAGAGAUCAGUGAGUUGGAGGACAUGAAGGCUCAGGCAGAGGAGCGGGCAGAGAAAAUGCGUCAGGCUGUUGAGCGGCUGGAAGCAGAGCUGAGGGGAAAGACUUCAGGAGGAGCCUGGGGUCCAGAGCUAGAGCGGAGAAUUCAGCGAGAACAGGCAGAACUGGAGCAGAACUACGCUCGUGAGAUCAGUAACAUCGUGCUGCGCCUCACCUCAGAGAAAGAUCAGCUAGAGGCAGAACUCAAGCUCAAGAUGGACCAGGAAGUGCUGCUUGUUAGGGAGAAGGCAGAGCAGCAGUUAUUGCACAUGAAGGCACAACACAGCGAGGCUCAGCGCAGCCUCCUCCACCAGCUGCACCUCGAGCGCAGCCGUCUGCAGGAGCAAACCAAGCAGCAUCACAGAGAAGUUGGUGCGUGGGAGGCAAGAGUACAGGAGCUGGAACAGGAGGUGCGCCGUGAGCGUCUCCUCAGCACCGAGCGUUGGAGUGAAGGGCAAGCUCAGGUCUGCAGCAGGGUGGCACAGGAAAGGAAGAAACUGGAGGAGGAACACCAGGAGGAGGUCAGGAAGCUAGAAGAACACAUCCAGUUCAUGGAAGCUCAAGUAGAGCUCGCAUCCAGGGCUGAAGAGGAGCUGCUCGCACUACAAAGACAGCUUGAAGAUAAGCUGGAAGAGAUGUGUUUUCAGCUGGAAGACAACACGGUUUCCAUGAAAGCUCAAGAUGCCCUCAUCCAGAAUUUGACCUCAGAACUUAAUGCCAAAGAGAAGGAAAUGGAAAUCAGAAAUGAGAAAGAGCGAAAGCUCUGCAAUAAGCUCUCUCAGCUAGAGCAAAAUCUUAAAGCAGAGAGAGAAAAGAAACAAGAGCUCCUGAAGCAAAAGGAGCAACUACAGAAAGAAACAGACAGAAGUAUUCAAGAUCUAAAGGAGAAACUUGGAAAAGAAAAAGAGAAGGAACAGGAGCUUCUUGACAGAGUUUCUCAGUUGACUAAAGAGCUGGAGAACUGGAGGACCAAAUCUGAGACCUGGCAGAAGGAGAUCGAAAUGAUGCAGGGAAGCAGUAGUCAUCUGUCUACUGCGUUUGGUGAGCAGCAAAUGCAGCUGAGAGAACAAGAGAAAGAACUUGUGGAGCUUCAAGAAAACUUGGCCAAAACGCACGAGGCACUGAAAAGCAGAGAUGACGAUCUUACAAGACAGGCUUCUGAGAUAAAUGCUAUGGAGAUGGAGCGGGAUCGACUCCUAGAGGAGCUCAGGGGUCAAUGUGAACUUCUCAAACAGCUACAAACACAGGUCAAUAGUCUCUCUGAGGAAUGGGAUCAAAUGCAUAUGAUGGAGCAAAAACUUCAAGUCUCUGUUCGUGUGGAACAGGGUAAGGUUGAACAGCUCCAAGCCCAUCUGAACUCAGAGCAAGAAGAAACAAGACAUCUUGAACAAGAGAACUCUAACUACCGGCAACUUGUAGACCAGCUUUCAUCUCAGAUUGUCGAAAUGGAGGCAGAGUCUACCAAACUCAAAGAGAACGCAGAUAAACUUGCACUGGAGCUGCAAAGCAAAGACAAUCAAAUGCUGGAACUCAGUCGUCAGCUUGAAGCCAAAGCCGAAGAGAUUGAUUUGCUCUGGAACGAAGUUCAGCUGAAGAUGAACCUGUUUAAGAACGUCACUCAACUCUCUGGUCAGGUUCAACUUUUGACCGACCAGUUGGAGGACAAAGAGCGAGUGCUGUGCUCUCUGAGGGAGGAAGCCGACAAUACCGCCAACCAACUACAGCAAUCACUGAUGGACUCCCAAACAGAGCUUCAGCAGAUGGAGGAGGUCUUUGAAAGCGAGAAGAGCCAUAUGAAAGAGCAGCUUCUGGAGAUGGAGGGGCUUGUCAUGGCUUUAGAACAAGAGAUGGCCAAUCCCCACAGGGCUCAACUUGAUGAGGUCACCUCCGAAAACAGUGCACUGAAAGACAGGCUUGCUGUCUUACAGCGGGAUGUCAAGUUGCUGGAGGAGGAGCUCAACAAAAAGACGAGGAAACUUGAGGAGAUGGAGAGAGCAUAUAUGAAGAAUCGAGAAGAAGAGGAGAGGCUACGGAAAGAGAAUACCAAAUUUCGAGAGGAGGUGCUUGACUUCAGUGCGAGAAACCUGCAGCUUAGCAAUGAGAACGCGGAAUUAAGUUCCCGGCUGUCUACUGAUCAGAGAGCAGUGCAGACGCUGACUGACAGGCUAGCACAGGUGUGUCAGGAGAACGAUGAGGCAGCUGCGUCCUACAGACAGCUGCAGGAAACCCUUCAACAGCAGAAGAGCGACACACUAAAGCUGCAGGAACAGUGGCAGAAAGAGAAGGAGCUUCUAGAGAGGGAGCUUAAAACCGCCAAGGAGACGCUCCAGCAUUUGACGGUGGUUGAGUCUGCAUUGAGUAGUCAGACUCUGAAAUACCAAGCACUAGAGCAAGACAAGGAGCGUUUGUUGAAGGAAACAGCAGACAGAGACCAGAAGCUGGAAAAGCUUCAGGAAUCACUUGGCAAAUCAGAAAGCCAGAUAGAGCAGCUCAACUCCCAGAUCUUGAGUAUGUGGCAAGAAAAGAAUGUUCACGUCCAUGAGUCAGCCACACAUCAGGAGAUGCUGCAACAGUCUCAGGAAAAGGUCCAGGAGCUUGAGGAGAGCACACGUCAGUUGCGUAAAGAGAAGGAGCAGUUACUUCAGACCCACAGGCUUCAGGAGGAGACGGCAGUCAGUGUUCUGCAAAAGGAGUGCAAGUGUUUGCGAGUACAAAACGAGGAACUUCAUGAUAAGGUGGCUCAGCUGCAGACUCGGGAGCUGGAACUUCAGAGACUGACACACGAGUGCCUCAUUCUGAGGAACAAACAGGCAGAGCUAGAGACCGCUAAACAUGAGGCAGAUGAACAGGCAUUAAGGGCAGAUAGCGCUCUGUCGCUGGUCCAGGCUCAGCAUGCACGUGAGGUGCAGGAACUAAGGGAACAGAUGGGUUCUGGCACCCGGGAGCACUUGGCUCAUAUGCAAACUCAACUAGCUGAGCAACAGCGCAGGACGCAGGAUUUAGAGGAUCUGCUUCGCUCUCAGGCCAAGCAGGCCAGCGUUCAGAUGGGCCUUCAGCAGGAGCAAUAUGAGAAAUUGAUGGCGAGUAUGCAGGAGCGUAUGGAUGAGGUUGAGGCCAAGCUGAAAAACACCCGAGUCAUGCUGCAGGAGAAGGUCAACCAGCUAAAAGAACAGCUGGCCAAAAAUGCCAAGUCAGAUCUGCUGCUGAAGGACCUGUAUGUGGAAAACUCUCAGCUCAUGAAGGCUCUUCAGGUGACGGAGCAGAGGCAGAAGAGUGCAGAGAAGAAGUCCUUCCUCUUGGAGGAGAAAGUGAUCGCCCUUAAUAAACUGCUAUGUAAAAUCGCCCCAGCAUCCCUCACAGCUUAGACUUGUUUUACUCCACUAUGAGCCUUUAUCUGUUGUACUGGACUGUGAAGUUCCAUCCGCUAGUACAGUGGUUCCCAACACUGCAUGUUUUGCAUGUCUCCUUAAUCAAACACACCUGAUU